GUUGAAUGGAUCUUAGCAAUCUCAGAAGGCGGAGUACGUAAUUAAAAUUUCUAUCAAUCUAUUGUCUUCCGUCGCAAAAAGAAAUCUGAUUAAUUUAAUGUCUAAACUGCUUGAGUAAGUGAUAAUCAAUGUAACGGCAUUAACAACAUAUUAACUUAUCAGAACAAAGUCUUUAAGUAAAUUUGCUCUUAAGUUGUUAUAGAUAUGGAAGUGGGGACGGAUACAAUGGAAUUUUCUUGAUAGCAGUAGUUUUGUUAACGAAUUACGUGUCUUGCAGCUAAAAAUCUACGUCAGUUCACGUCCGACUGCGGCAGCAAUCAAAGAUCAGUUUACUAAUGUGUCACGUCGGAAUAAAUUCUUUGGAUCACUGGAAACUCCUGCAUAGCCACAGCUUUGAAAUGUCAGAUUAUCCCAGAUCGUGCGUAUUCCAAGAGAACCGAAACUAAUCCGUUCUGAAACGCAAUCAGCUUAACUCCGAAACGCAAUAAAUCCCUUUGACGCAUCGCGUGCUCGUUGUUCCCGUUAUUGAAUCGCCGAAAGCGCACGAUUAAGACUUCGAUCGAUUCCCUUUUCCGCCGCUAGAACCGAAAAGGUACUCCAGAACGUGAAAGGUACCCUUCACGUCCAGGCCAUCCUUCGCCUAUCCAAUUAAAAAAAAAAACAAAGACAAAAUUCCUAUUUUGUCCGUGUUUUUCUCUUUCCUCUAUACUCGACGCUAAUGGGUUUCGACGAUGGCGGACAGGACUUGGAUAAAUCGAGUCGUUCGUGGGGACCGAUUGAGCGGUUCAACUCGAUGCUUGACAUUUUCUCGCCGGCGACAAUUAACAACUGUAUCCGUUGUCACAGUUUAUUUGAGAAACAUACAUACAUCGCAGACGCGCGACGUGCGAUAAGCCGCGACGAAUCCUCGUGGGUUUGUACGGGGAAAAAUAUCGGUCCGCUUGUGAUAAUGGAGAACACGCGGGAGAUAAGCACAUAAAGGAGGCACUAAGAUGCGUCUCCUCUCUCCAUCAAUCAUGAAUCGCACCACUAUGUGGGAACGACGAGCGGCUGCCUGUUGCUCGUUACCAAUCAGCGAAAGAAGACGCGUGUCACGAGGGCCUUCAGUUAUCAUUUCUACGCGCAGUGGUACUUAAUGGUGCACUAGCUUGUAAUUAACGGCAGUCGAAUUAAGGACAAUUAGACGCGAGGGCGAUGGUGAGUCGUCUGUGCCACGGUUCUGGAGCUGAUUAUGAAGUAACAGAUAUAUUAGAUUGAUCGGACCGCAUCGAUAAGACGCGGCUGACUUGAUCCAAUGCGGUUUCGGACUUCAGAAGUUACCAGUGUUUAGUUUGUUAUUUGCGGGCGAUGGAAGCAGCGAGAAGCUUAGCCGCUAAAAUCGACUGAUAAUUACGGCUGGUAAUUAGGCGCUUAAUUGCUUCAAUCUUCGAAAACUUCGCGAAGAUACGUCGCGAAACAGAUACGGGAAUAAGAACAAAAGAAAAAACCGACGGAGUAAUAAAAAUUGAACAUAUUAUUUUGGACUGUUAAUCGAAGUAGUGUUUCGUGCAAUCGCGGCAAGCAUACAGAUACAGACGAAAAUAAUCUUCGAUCGGUAUUAAUUAAUGUAUUUAUAUUUAAAUAUUUUCGGAAUAAACUUUAUAAUUAUAUAUGUAAAAUAAAUACGUGCUAUAUUAUGAAACAGUGAAGUAAUAUUGUUGCCGUGUAUUUCUAUUCGUCUUCGAUAUAUUUGUUUCGAUUAUGAUUUGGAGAAAAAUAAAACAAAGAGAGAAAUUCAAUAAUUAUAUAAUUAAAUGUGUUAACAACACCACACACAUAAGCAAUAUUCCGAAAGGUGUGACUAUACGAGCGGAAAACUCAGUGGGAGCCAGCCAGAAAGAGGAGCGACACCGCCGACCACAUUCUACCCGCAUUCGAUAAAGCUCGAGGAAACUACUUGUUGGAUUCGUUGAAGGCUGAAGCUCCGGAAUCGCCAGAAGAAAUAGGACAGCCGUUCCAUUCUCGUCUUACAUGGCUACGACCACGAAUAUCAACGUGCUAAAAGAAGCGAGAUCGAAAGGGGAGAUCGUGACGCAAGUUUCGCCUUCCCAGGACAAGCAUUGCGACGAAAAAACGACGAAGCACAAACAGACGCAAUGGAGGCAAUGGCUGGCGUGCAUAUCAGCGACUCUAUCCAUGGUCGCGGUCGGCACCGUUUACGGAUGGACCACCACGUCGCUCUCGCGGCUCACAUCCGGCGCCAGCGAUGUUCCCAUGAAGAUAACCGAUGACGAGGGCUCGUGGAUCGUGUCGCUGACGGUGAUCGGCUCGAUGAUCGGUCCGUUUCUCGGCGCUAGCCUCGCCGAUCGAUAUGGACGUAAGAGGUGUCUUCUGUUAGCCAGCGGUUUCUUCAUCGUUGGUUGGAUAGUCGUCUUCUUCGCCCAGACCGUCGCUGCCCUCUACGUCUCUAGGGUGAUCCUCGGCAUCGGCGUAGGCAUUGCGUAUACCACCAAUCCGAUGUACGUGUCGGAGGUUGCCGACGUCGAAAUCAGAGGUGCCCUUGGCACCUUGAUCGCCGUGAACGUGUUCACCGGUUCCUUGCUGACGUGCAGUAUCGGUCCGUGGAUAUCGUAUCAAGCUUUAACGGCCGUACUCUUUACGGUACCUAUCAUCUUCGUGGCAUGCUUCUCCUGGUUUCCUGAGACCCCCGCCUUUCUCGCGGCCAGGGGCCGCCGAGCGGAAGCCACCAGAUCCCUGGCGUUCUUUAAAGGGAUUCGCGAUCGCGACGAGGCAAGGAGAGAACUGGAAUACACUUUACGUAAUGUUUUUAUCGAGGACGUUUGUGAUAAUACUCCAGUAACCGGUCCUGGAGCACGAACGGAACCGGUUAAGCGCAGCUGGAUGGCUAAGCUGAAGCUGCUGAUGUUACCCAGCAACACCCGAGCUCUCGGCAUUAUACUCGGUCUAAUCGCGACGCAGCAACUUAGUGGAAACUUCAGCACUAUACAGUAUCUAGAAGUGCUCUUCAAGAAAACGGCGAUCGGCAUUGACUCUAGCAUAGCUACGAUACUCGUGCUCGCGGUGAGCCUCGUCUCAUGCGGAUUAUCAACUGCGACCGUCGAGGGUGCGGGAAGACGCCCAUUACUGAUCGCUUCCACUCUGGGCGCCUCCAUUACCCUGGCGGUUCUUGCGACGUACCUUACGCUAGACGCGAGGGGCGUUGAUGUAUCAGCAGCAAAUCUUCUUCCGGUAAUUGAUGUGAUCGUCUUCCAGGUGGUCUAUCAAAUCGGAUUGGGUACUCUACCAAACGCGCUGACCGGCGAAUUGUUCCCCACCGAGGUGAAGGCGGCCGCCGGUGCUAUCGUCAUCAUUUUUGACGGCGUGCUUGGCUUCGCCGUAACCAAGCUGUAUCAGGUGAUCGGCGACUGGUUGGGCACCGAUGUUAUUUACUACUUCUUCGCGGCGUCGUGCUUAUUGGCAUUCGUGAUGGUGAUAUUCAUCGUGCCCGAGACCAAAGGUCGGACGUUCCGCGAAAUUCAAGAACUUCUGGAAGGCGGCGCGAAGAAGACGGAGACCGCUGAAUGUUCGCAGGAGCGAAGUAACAUGGCGUGACAAAAAGGAACGUGUCGCACCUCUCGUUCGACGCGGUGCAAACUUACUUACGAGACAACGUCAUCGGACGCUCUUUUCAAAGCGACGAACUUUGAAACGGCGAUUACUUACUCUCAGCUGUGUAUAAAACGUACGUUUGGUGUACGCUUUUCAGGCUAUAAAAACCGGAACGCAAAGGUAAAAUCGCCUUUGCUUCGCGGUUUGCGUUUACCACGAUUUUUCUCGUGCUAUCAGAAAAUAAAGUGGUUUUUAUUAAUAUCGUUCAUGUUGCGUAAAUUCAUACUGAUGGUUUCAUUCGUGUUCCUUCAACUGUGAGUAUUUUUCGCUAGUAUUCCCAAGAGAUUACGGUCGUCGCGAAAUUCAACAUUUAUUUAUUAAAACUCCUCUACGAGAAACACUGUCUUUAUACUUUAUACUGUCUUUAGAGCUUUUCUCGUUUCCUUUUUUCCGCGCUAGAUGUUAGUCGGAUCGGAUAUUUAACGGGACGUCAGACUUCAGAGUUUCUCGUGCAUACAAGAUAAAAUAUUUAAGUAAGGAGAACUGUGUGAGAGAGAAAUGGGAAUAAAAAGGACUGGCAAGUAAAAAUUUCUAGUAAACAUGCCGCAUCUCUUAUACGGGGAGCGUAAAAAUCGUAGGUGACGGUUAAACAUUGAGAUGAAGAGAAAGAGAAAGAGACGCUUGAAAAAUCGCGAAAAUGUUCCGCAGUAAAGAACAAAAAGAAAAUGUAAUGGGAAACCCUCCAGAGUUCCGGUAUUGUCGAGAGAGAGUGACUUUAACGUUUUCAUAACCGCUGACUAUAUAUGCUACUAUAUAUUUUCACAUGUAAAUUUGUAAACUAUUUUAUAUUAAAUAUCCUGUUAAAUACAAUUCGUUACAAAUGU